AUGGAGUGGUCAACACCAUACUCGCCGCUGCAGCUGCAGCCAGUUGAGAUGUUGCAGAAGACACACGACCUCUCCUUCCUCGGGCGACGGACCACCGCGCCCAGGCCUCUGUCAGAAGCCACCGAGAUCUUUGACACUGACAACGAGGACAACGACUCCGAUUCACUUCCCCGUCCCUGGGACUCACAAGAUGACGACAGUGAAUCGACUCUGUCAUCCAGCCGCGAUGACCUCCCAACACCGCCUCACAGUGGUGGCCUUGGCGGCUUCGAGUUCCAUUUCGAUGAUCGAGCAGUUUUGGGCCCCCAAGGGCCUCACUUGUUCAGAGGCACGCCCGAGAUUCUGACGAAUCCCGACGACGAUAUCUUCCUCAACUUGUCCCCAGUGGCCGAGCCAAAGACCCCAGCCAGACCCAUCAACGCCCUCAACACCGCUGUCGCAGAACUCGACGAGUCCCAGGUACGACAUUGGACUCCUCAACAAGUUGCCGACUGGAUGGCUGAGGCAGGCUUCGAGCAGGCUGUCGUGGAAAAGUUUGUCAAUCACGACAUCUCCGGCAGUGUCUUGAUUGACCUUCAAUUCGAGGAUCUCAAGGAACUCGACAUCAGCUCCUUUGGAAAGCGCCACAGAGUCAUGAGCUCCAUCCACCAACUACGAAACAGCAGCAUGAUCUCCCUGGAGACCCCUCUCUCAAGGACUCCUUCGAGAAACACCAGAAGUCCCAGAGCCGUGCAACGAGCUGCUCGCCCGGAAGAAUGCCAAGUCGUUGUCGACCGAUCUCGCUCGCGAAGACGAGCUCGCCAGCCUGACGUCGUCACCCCUGCAGAGUCCGUCUCCAUUGUUGGGAUCGAGCAGGUACUCCCCAAAGAGCACAAGUGCUCCAAGGGCGAAGACUGCCCCAAGUGGCAGAAGCAACAACGGAGGAUCCUUCGCAUGCAGCGCGCGUGGGAGGCUGACGCCCGCCGGCCUGUGUCUGAGGCCCGAUCCGAAGCCUUGCCGUCGGUCGUUGGAUCAUCAGACGUCCUUGGACCCUCUUCUGUGAAGAUCACCGCCGAGACCCUGAGCGGCGUCCAACCCCGCGACCCCCAGGAGAGCGUCCGACAGUUCCUUAACUUCCAACAUCUCCACGGCCCAUCGCACUCGAGUAACCCUUCGCCCCCUCCUGCCUCUUCCGCAUCAUUUGCCGUCAAGUCCGCUCACCUGGCCGAGCACCUUCGUGGGCUCCCUAAGCUCACGAUCCCGGUGGGACAAACUCAGGACGAAAUCCCCUCGAGGACUCCCAUCUCCGCCCUCCAACAACCCACCCAGAUCCAGGCUCAACUCAAGGCUCAGCUUUACCGCGAUCCAUAUCACUAUGGCGGCGUUGCAUCUCCAGCUGACAUCUACCGCAUCGACACUCCCAUGUCGGCCACUGAUAUUCCUGUCACCGCCAUGGCUGCAGAUCCUUGCCAACGUGAUGUCUCUCAAUCUGUCCCUCCUGAGAUGCGAUACGGCGCCGCUGCAGUGACAAUCAGCCCACCAGAGCCUAUCGAGCGCUGCGUAUCGACCCAGCCUACCCCUCCUCGGCGCCACAUCCGUCAGCAGUCUUUCACACCCUCUGUGGCUCCCGUCAAGGAGAACGAGACACACGUCCCUCGUCCUGCCGCCCGAAGGACUGAAAUUGAACUUGCCAACCACCAAGGCUGGAUGCGGAAGCGCAAGACCACCCGCAUGCUCCGACACGAGUGGCAGGACAACUACUGCACACUGGUUGGCAACAAGCUUACGAUGCACGACACUCACUACGCCAAUGCCAAUGCUCUAGAGGACAUUGACGUGGAUGAGUACACACUGCACGCCUACGCACAGGCCUCGAGUUCGAAGCUCAGCGCUGCCUUCAAGAAGAGUCUCCUUGGUCAAGGCAAGACUCCGGCCGGCGACCAAACAUUCGCCUUCUCCUUGAUCCCUGACAACGAAAAGGCAACCAAGUCGAUCUUCGACAAAGCUGGCAAGUCUCACCACUUUGCUGUCGACAGUUCCAAAGAACGCAUCGAGUGGAUGAGAAAGCUGAUGCUGGCCAAGGCUAUGAAGAGGAACGACACCUGCCGGAUCUGA